UCGAACCCCUGCAGCCCGGUGCUGCGGGUUUGGUGGCGAGCAGACUCCAGCUAAAGACAGGUUUUCCACAAGACCGAGUUGGUGGGGCCUUUGCCCCAUCAGAGCUCUUGCCCGGGCCACGCGCCUCUCCUGGAGCCCAGCGCGCCCCCAAAUUGCCCGAGCGCGCAUCUCUUCCCGGCGGGAGGGGCGCGGAUGUCACAGAGCAGCAGAGCUCGCCCGGGAGAGGCGGAGGGCAGAGCGCGGAGCGAGAGGAUCCGCGCGGGAGGUAAACAAGGGAGUGUCGCCCUCGCCCGGGCCUCCGAGGAACGGGGACUCCCGCCUCCCCCCUCCCCGAGGCCGUCGGCCGCAAAGCGCUGAGUCACGGUGAGGCCGCUGGAGUGGCACCCUCCGAACCUGCCCUCCCUGCGCUCGGUGCCCGCUCCGCGCGUCCCCCAGCCCCGCGGAGGCUCCAGGUGUCGCCGCAGCCUCGUUCCCGGGCCGCCGCUGCCGCCGCCUCAGCAUUGGAACACUGUCUUUUUAGACUUCAAUAUGGAGUCCUUUAAGAAGGUUAUUCUCUCGGUGCUCAGCCGGGAGCAGUCAGAAGGGGUCGGAGCGCGCGUCCGCAGAAGCAUUGGCAGACCCGAGUUAAAAAAUCUGGAUCCGUUUUUACUAUUUGAUGAAUUUAAAGGAGGUAGACCAGGUGGAUUUCCUGAUCACCCACAUCGAGGUUUUGAAACAGUAUCUUACCUCCUGGAAGGGGGCAGCAUGGCGCAUGAAGACUUCUGUGGACACGUUGGUAAAAUGAAUCCGGGAGACCUGCAGAUCCUUAAACUGACGAUGCUCAGCCUUGCCUUGGGCUCCUUUUCAUGUGGUGCUCCCUUUCUAUGGAAUCCUCUUCCUGUUCCCCUUCGCUGGCCCAUUCUUACUCCUCAUUGGGAUCUCAGCCUAAAGGUCGCACCCUCAGGAUUUUUUUGCCGCAUGAGGGCCAUGAGGAAGAUGCUGUUGAUGGCCUGCCUCAAAGCCCCUUGGCCACCUCUGAGUUCAGGUGGUGACAGUCCCCAUCUGUGUACACAGCCCCCUGUCUCAGGUGCUGCUACUCGGCCUGAGGGCUUUCUCCAGCCCAGCUACUGGGCAGCCCGGUGGAUGACCGCAGGCCGGGGCAUUCUGCACGCCGAGAUGCCUUGCUCAGAGGAGCCAGCCCAUGGCCUGCAACUGUGGGUUAAUUUGAGGAGCUCAGAGAAGAUGGUAGAGCCCCAGUACCAGGAGCUGAAAAGUGAAGAAAUCCCCAAACCCAGUAAGGAUGGUGUGACAAUUGCUGUUAUUUCUGGAGAAGCCCUGGGAAUAAAGGCCAAGGUUUACACCCGCACACCAACCUUAUAUUUGGACUUCAAAUUGGACCAAGGAGCAAAGCAUUCCCAGCCUAUUCCCAAAGGGUGGACGAGCUUCAUUUAUACCAUAUCUGGAGAUGUGUACAUUGGGCCUGAUGAUGCACAGCAAAAAAUAGAACCUCAUCACACAGCAGUGCUCGGUGAAGGUGACAGUGUCCAGGUGGAGAACAAGGAUCCCAAGAGAAGCCAUUUUGUCUUAAUUGCUGGGGAGCCAUUAAGAGAACCAGUUGUCCAACAUGGUCCAUUUGUGAUGAACACCAAUGAAGAGAUUUCUCAGGCCAUUCUUGAUUUCAGAAAUGCAAAAAAUGGGUUUGAAAAGGCCAAAACCUGGAAAUCAAAGAUUGGAAACUAGUGAAGAGCACAGAGCAGGUCUCGAUGCUUCCUAGAAUUUGGCCAUUGGUGGCAUACAGCCAUUCAAGACCUUUCGUUUCUAAAACUGACUUAGCAGGUGCUUCUAAAGAAUUCCACACUAGAAUGGUAACAUGGUUUUUGUAGCAAUCCACGUGGAUAUUUCCUGGCACAUGCAAAUAAACCUAAUCUUUGCUUCUUUAAAA